UGCCAAAACCAUGCCAUGAUUUCGUGACGUUCGUGACAAAACCAAAUCUGUCUUUCAUUCAUUAUCUAUGAAUGAAUCUUCGUGUGAUUUUUCUACAAUUAAUUUCUCGGGGUCAUUAAUACGCGAAUCGAAGUUCAUUGUAAACAAUGUGUGAUAUCUACAUAGCGGUUGUAUGUUCUUCGAACAUGAAUCGAAGUAUGGAGGCUCAUGCAUUUCUGGCGAAGAAAGGCUUCAACGUAAAGUCUUAUGGAACAGGAGAAAAGGUUAAGUUACCAGGUGCUUCUGCAGAUCGACCGAAUUGUUAUGAAUUUGGAGUCCCGUACGACGACAUUUACAACGAUUUGUUGGAGAAGGACAAAGUAUACUAUACACAGAAUGGCAUUCUACAUAUGUUAGAUAGAAACAGAAGAAUCAAGCCCAGCCCAGAGAAGUUUCAGAUAUCAACAGAGAGAUUUGAUGUUAUAAUUACGUGUGAAGAAAGGGUGUACGACCAAGUUAUUGAGUGGUUUGGAUCAAGGAGAUCAGUGUAUAACCAGCCAGUCCAUGUUGUGAAUAUGGACAUACAAGACAACCAUGAAGAAGCAACUAUUGGUGCAUUCUUGAUCAGUGACAUGGUCACUAAGAUGGCUCAAAGUGAUGAUUUAGAUAACGAUAUUGAUGAACUAUUACAUGAGUUUGAAGGAAAAUGUCACCGGCCAAUUCUUAAUUGUAUAAUGUUUUAUUAAGAUAUGUACUUGAAACAGAUAUUAGCCAAAAACAAAACAAUGCUUCCAAUAUCUGAAUAUAUUUGACUAAUGAUGUGACUGUAAUCUUAUUCAUAAAAAUGACAUCCACGCUGCCUCAGAAAUGUAUGCCUUGUAUCAUUUAAAAUUAUUAAAAUGACAAUGUUGUGGUAGGAUAUUAUUAUAAACAAUAAUUAAUUGUAUGUUUUUAUGAAUAAGAUCUUUUAUUAUUUUUUCCCAACUACUUUUAUAAGAUUUUCAGUUUUUCAGCUAAAUAUUGUUUAAUAUUUUGUAGUAACCAAGUAUGAAAACAAGAUUGAUCUUACAUAUGGAUAAGUAUAGAGAACUGAAUACAAUUUUAAGUUCCAGACUAAUGUUCAUAAUGAAUUUAUUUAUUGUGUAUGUAUAAAUAUAACAGUAUUUUGAUUUUUUUUAAAACAA